UAUUUUUUUUUGAAGUGAAAGUUAUUAUAAAAAGUGUUGUGCUUAUGAAAAUAUAUUAUUUAGACAAAUAUUGAUAAAAAAACAUUCGCAAAACUGCGGUUUUCACUUGAGCCAAAACAAUAGCUGCUGGUAAACAUAAAAGCUUUUCUACACUGGAUGCGUAUGUGCUUUUUGUAAGUGGCUCACAUCAAUUAAACAUGGCCAGUAAAUUUUUCUACUUUGGGUUUGGCAGCAACAUGCUGGCAAAGCGUAUUCAUAUUCAAAAUCCCACGGCGGAGCGCAUUGGACCUGGAAAGCUGGAGAAUUACCGCCUGGAUUUCUUUUCAAAAUCCAGAAACUGGAAUGGAGCCCCAGCAACAAUAGUGCCAUGCUGUGAGGAAAAUGUUUAUGGCAGCAUAUGGGAAAUUGAUAUGUGUAAUAUGAAAGAUCUGGAUGAUCAAGAAGGCGUAGCACAAGGUAUUUAUGUACCCAUAUCAGUCUCAGUGCUGUCACUAAACACAAAAACUCCAGUUUGUUGUCGUGCCUAUCACUUGGCCAAUCAACCUAUGACCAACUUAAGUAAAGCACCGGCAGAUUGCAUUCCAUUCAAUAGGCAGCCGUCCAAGACUUACCUGAAGACACUCGUUAAAGGUGCCAUUGAAACAGGCAUUGACGAUGACUAUGUGAAAUGGUUACGCACAAUUAAACACAAUGGCAAUACUGUGGAGAAAUUUGAAAAUGAUUUGGAACUGGCGGAAGUUGAAUUAUGUACAAAUUAAGAAUUUAAUUAUUUUUUUAUUAUUUUUUGUACAUAUUAUAUUUAUUCCAAAUUUUUGCCUGGACAUUGGUCCUAACUGAAUUCUAUGUUAUUUUUCAUGCUGUAAGACAUCAACACAACAAUAACAAUAA